GAGCGGGUCGGGGGCGAAGACGCUGCGCUGGCCGUCGCUGCGCUCAGCUAGCUACCAUAUUCCGGACCCGCGUCGGAGUCCGGACACAAAUGCCACAACCCACAUGGUGGACACGUAGACACGUGGGCAGUGCGUAGGGCGUAAGGCGUAAGGCGUAAGGCCGUAGGGCUGGCUGGCUGCGCAGUGGGCCACUGGGCCUUAUUAUAGACGGGAUCGUCGCUGUCAGGAUCGCGUGUUGCUGAUGAGUGCUGAGUGCUGGCGCUGGCGGCUGGCGCGUUGCGCGCGUGUUUUUGUCGGAAAAAGACACUCGGGCGGGCACAGCCACAGGGCUGAGCCGAGGGCGACGGCGGUGACGGGCCGUGGCUUUGGCUGUGGUGCGCUGGCGGCGGAUGCAGGCUGGAUGGAUGGAUGGAUGGAUGGAUGGAUUGGUGGUGGUGUUGAGCUGGCAGAGGCUUUGGCUUUGGGCUGCAUCGAUCGCUGUCUGCGUGAACCUAGUCGCUCAGCACGCCGUGGUAGGAAUAGCUGCAAGCCGCACCUCUGUCCUCGGUAUGUAAAUGCCCGACUGACAAAGAGUACUGUACCCCGCAUCUCGGCGGUCCGCACGAACCGCGACCGCGACAACGCGGCUCUGCGGCCUGCCCUCGUGGGCCUUUUGCCUUGGCUUGCCUUUCUGAGCGCUCAUUUUUUCCGUUCCCCUCGUGCUGAUGUCUUUGUCUUUGCGUUGCGUUUCACCACUCGGGCUGAGUGUGUCUCAUGUGUGUGUAGCAAGCGGAAAGGGUGGCCGGGCUUGGGGGUUCGCGUGGUCCCGCGCUGGCUGGAGGACCGAGGUGGUGUGUACAGUAGGUUGUGAAGUGUACUGUAUGUCUGUGUCUGCGACUGCGACUGCACUCCCUCGGAGAAGCAUCC